AACGCGCAAAAUUUGAAAGUUGACCCGGAAAUAGCGGCGGUAGAGAGGACAACAGUGUGCUCUUUGGCUCGUCUGUGUGCCUCCGUAAAAACAGCAUUAUUUAUGCCCACAUGGCAGUCCGGUGAGUAUUGUCACCCCAGGCCAGUUAGCUUUUUGACAUGUGAAUGAAAUACAGUAACGGCGUGUCGCGUUCUCGUGUGUUAGGAACGUUACGAACUGCAGCCACCGUUAUUUACGGACACGCUAAAGGAAAGGACUGUUGACAUUUGAUGACUGGUCUGUGUUUUAAAGAAACACGUUAUAACGCAGCAUUUGAACUAUACCUUAUUAUAUUUAGCUCGGUUAGGUUACUUAUGUGAAGAAAGCCAUGCUGAAAUUCAAAUACGUGAGCCAAGGAAGCCUUAAAACGCUUUCUUCUGCGGAGCCCAUCACCAGUCGCAGUUUGCGACUCAACCAGGUGUUUCAGGGAAGGGUGAGCUUGUGUGGGCAGCAGGAAGGACGAACUUUAGGACGGGAGGAGUUUGUGGACGCUCUGCUGCUGUUAUACCAAGAGUGCAACUCCCCAGAACUUUUAAAGAUUCACCAUGUUGCAAAGUUUGUCAAUAAAUUUUCAGAAGUGGUUUCUGAGUUGCGGGCCCUGCAGCCACUGCCUGAUGACUUUGAGCUUCGAGCAGUGGUGGGUCGUGGUCGCUUUGCUGAAGUCCAAGUCGUCAGAGAAAAGGCUACAGGAGAUGUUUGUGCACUUAAAGUGAUGAAGAAAGCAGUUUUACGGACUCAAGAAAAUGUGAUUUUUCACGAGGAAGAGCGAAGGAUCUUGGCCUUCAACAGCAGUCCAUGGAUCCCUCAGCUUUUGUAUGCUUUCCAGGAUAAAGAUCAUGUUUACCUGGCAAUGGAGUACAUGCCAGGGGGGGACCUGAUGUCUUUGCUGAACCGAUACGAUGAUCAGUUUGAUGAGUCCAUGGCACAGUUUUAUUUGGCUGAGCUUGUGGAGGCCAUUCAUACAGUCCACCAGCUGGGUUAUGUCCACAGAGAUAUCAAACCAGAAAACAUCCUCAUUGAUCGAACUGGUCACAUUAAGCUGGCCGACUUUGGAUCAGCUGCCAAGCUGACUGCUAACAAAACAGUUUCCACUGCCACUGUGCCAGUCGGGACGCAGGAUUUCCUCUCCCCCGAGGUCCUCUCAGCGAUGAACGGGGGCUCUCAGAGUACCUACGGGGUUGAGUGUGACUGGUGGUCCCUUGGGGUCAUUGCCUAUGAAAUGAUAUAUGCCAAGUCACCCUUUUCUGAUGGCACUUCUACCAAGACUAUUCACAACAUUCUCAACUUCCAGCGAUACUUAAAAUUUCCAGAGGAGCCUCAUGCCAGUAAGCAGUUUGUUGACUUGGUGCAGAGCCUGCUGUGCGGAGCAAAAGAACGGCUGGGUUUCCAGGGACUCCGCUGUCACUCUUUCUUCUCCAGUGUAGACUGGAACAAUUUAAGACAAGUUCUCCCGCCUUUCGUUCCUGCAUUGCAUGCUGAAGAUGACACCUCUAAUUUUGAGGAGCCGGAGCAGGCUGCCCCCCGGCCAGCCUCAGCAACCCAGCGAGGAGGUCUGCCAGCGGGCUUCCAGGGCCAGGAUCUGCCCUUUCUAGGCUGGUUCUUCAGCAGAGCAUUGACACUGUUGGCCAAAACUGAGUCAGUGUCUGCCGGCCUCAAUUCUCCUGCAAAGACCAACUCCAUGGAAAAGAAACUGCAUCUUAAAAGCAAAGAAUUACAAGAUACUCAAGACAAAUGUCAUAAGAUGGAGCAGGAAAUCUCCAGGUUCCAGCGUAAAAUGACUGACCUGGAGUCAGUGCUCCACCAGAAGGAUGUAGAGCUGAAGGCCUCCGAGACUCAGCGAAGCAUCCUGGAGCAGGACCUUGCCACCUACAUUACUGAAUGCAGUAGCCUGAAGCGAAGCUUGGAGGAGGCUCGUGUUGAGGUGUCCAGAGAGGAUGAUAAGGCCAUGCAGCUCCUACACGACAUAAGAGAACAGAGCAACAAACUGCAAGAAAUUAAAGAGCAAGAGUACCACGCACAGCUAGAAGAGAUGCAGGUGACCAUCAGGCAGCUGGAGGAGGACCUAUCGGCUGCCAGGCGCCGUAGUGACCUCUAUGAAGCGGAGCUUAGAGACUCCAGACAAACGAGCGAAGAACUCAAACGGAAAGCUGUGGAAUACCAGCAGAGGAUUCAGAAGGCCAAAGAGCAGGGAAAAGCUGAAGUGGAAGAGCUUCUCUCUAAACUGGAGAAGACUAACUCUGAACAACAGGUGAAGAUCCAAGAGCUCCAGGACAAACUGUCAAAGGCAGUGAAAGCAAGCACAGAAGCAACAGAGUUGUUGCAGAAUGUCCGGCAAGCCAAAGAACGUCUGGAAAGAGAUCUGGAGCGCCUGCGAGGCAAGACCGAUUCAAGUGAUACUCUAAAGCGUCGUCUCAGAGAAACAGAGCAGGAGGGCAGGAAGACCCUGGAGAACCAGGUAAAGAGACUGGAGAUGGUUGAGCGAAGGGAGAAUAAGCUGAAAGAUGACAUUCAGACCAAAUCCCAGCAGAUCCAGCAGAUGGCUGAAAAGAUCCUGGAACUGGAGGAGAACUUGAGAGAUGCUCAGUCAACAGCACAGAGGAUGGAAACCCAACUUGUUCAAAAGGAGAGACUUUAUGAAGACAAGAUUAAGGUCCUGGAGGCCCAAAUGAAGGUUGACCUAGCUGACAAGGAGAGCCUUGAGGCAAGGAGGGCACAGCAUGAGGAAGAAUCAAGGGAGAACUGUAAACUCAUCAGCGAGCAGAAAGCAACCAUUAAUGCUAUGGAUUCUAAGAUGAAGAACCUGGAGCAGCGCAUCGCUGAGCUGUCUGAAGCUAACAAGUUGGCCGCUAACAGCAGCAUCUACACCCAAAAGAAUAUGAAAGCCCAAGAGGAGAUGAUCUCAGAACUUAGGCAGCAAAAGUUUUAUUUGGAGUCUCAGGCAGGUAAACUGGAGGCCCAAAAUGCCAAACUUGAGGAGCACCUGGAGAAGAUGAGUCAGCAGGAGCAAACCAAGAGAACUCGUCUGCUUGAGUUGGAGAGCAGACUGCGGGAGAUGGGCCUAGAACAUGAGGAAGAGAAACUGGAGAUCAAGAGACAGGUAUCGGAGUUGACCUUAUCCCUGCAAGAACGAGAGUCCCAGAUCAGCAGCCUGCAGGCUGCACGCCUUGCCCUGGAGACUCAGCUACAGCAAGCUAAGACUGAGCUUGAGGAAACCACUGCUGAAGCUGAGGAAGAGAUCACUGCACUGAGGAACCACAGGGAUGACAUUCAGCGCAAGUUUGAGGCUUUGCGAGACAGCUGCUCAGUGAUCACUGACCUGGAGGAGCAGCUUACACAGCUGAGUCAGGAGAAUGCUGAGUUGAACCGCCAAAACUUCUACUUGUCAAAGCAGCUCGAUGAAGCAUCAGAUGACAGGGAGGAUCAGCUGCAGCUCAGCCAGGAGGUGGACCGCCUUAGAAGGGAGGUGGCUGACCGUGAAAUGCACCUCAACAACCAGAAACAGAACAUCGAGACACUGAAGACAACAUGUAGCAUGUUGGAGGAGCAGGUGGUGGAGCUGGAGUCUCUAAACGAUGAGCUGCUGGAGAAGGAGAGGCAGUGGGAGGCGUGGAGAGGAGCUCUGGAGGAUGAAAAAAACCAAGCUGAGAGACGCACCAGGGACCUGCAGAGACUGCUAGACAAUGAGAAGCAGAACCGGCUGCGUGCGGAGCAGCGCAGCACCGAGUCUCGCCAGGCGGUGGAACUGGCCGUCAAAGAACAUAAGGCUGAGAUACAGGCCUUGCAGCAAGCUUUGAAAGAGCAAAGACUGAAGGCUGAAAGUCUUUCUGAUACUCUCAAUGAUCUGGAGAAGAAGCAUGCCAUGCUGGAGAUGAAUGCCCGCAGCUUGCAACAGAAACUGGAGACAGAAAGAGAACUGAAACAAAGGCUGAUGGAAGAGCAGGGGAAGCUGCAGCAGCAGAUGGACCUGCAGAAGAGCCACAUUUUCCGUUUGACCCAAGGCCUUCAGGAUGCUCUGGACCAAACUGACAUGCUGAAAACUGAGAGGACAGAUCUGGAGUACCAGCUGGAGAACAUACAGGCUGUGUACUCCCAUGAGAAGGUGAAGAUGGAAGGCACCAUCUCCCAGCAGACCAAACUCAUUGACUUCCUGCAGGCCAAAAUGGACCAGCCUACCAAAAAAAAGAAGGGCAUAUUUGGGCGGAAGCGGGAAGAUGUAGGUACCACAACUAAUGGGGCACUGGCUUCACAGGCCCAGCCGGCUGUUCCCAUGCAGUACAGUGACAUGAAAGUGGCUUUGGAAAAGGAGCGUUCACGAUGCGCAGAACUGGAAGAAGCUCUGCAGAAGAUGAGGAUCGAGCUGCGAUCCCUCAGAGAAGAAGCGGCUCAUUUCAAAGCGCAGGAGCAUGUGGCCUCGUCCACGCCAGCUCAAGCUCGGCAUCAGAUCCUUAUGUCAGCCAUUGUCAAAUCGCCUGAACAUCAACCCAACCCUAGCAGCUUGCUCAACCCUUCCACUCGCUGCAAGGAGACUUCUACACCUGAGGAAAAGAGGAGGGUCACAUUUGAAACUUCCAUCCCAGCACUUAUUUUCAAUCCUCCUUGCAUUGCAGAGUUUGGUCGCCGUGUGAAAGAAAGAAUGCACCACAACAUCCCUCAUCGCUUCACUGUGGGGCUCAACAUGAGGGCUGCCAAAUGUGCCGUCUGCCUGGACACUGUUCAUUUUGGAAGGCAGGCUGCCACUUGUCUAGAGUGCCAUACCCUAUGCCACCCUAAAUGCUCACCAUGUCUGCCGGCCACCUGCGGUCUUCCAGUUGAAUAUGCCACUCAUUUUUCUGAGGCUCUGUGCCGAGAAAAGGCUAACUCACCGUCUCUGCAAGUUAAAGAGGCCAGCGGGCACGUCCGCUUGGAGGGAUGGAUGAAGCAGCCAAGAAAUGGCAAGCGUGGGCAGCAAGGAUGGGAGAGGAAAUAUGUAAUUCUCGAUGGAACUAAAGUGUCAAUCUAUGAUGCAGAGCCCCGGGAAGAUUGUGUAAAAGCUGAGGAAGAGUUUGAGCUCUGUUUGCCUGAUGGAGAGGUGACUGUUCAUGGAGCUGUUGGGUCCUCAGAGCUCAUCAACACUGCCAAGUCAGACAUCCCAUAUGUCUUAAAACUGGAGUCCCAUCCUCACACCACAUGCUGGCCAGGCCAGUCACUCUAUUUUAUGGCUCCCAGUUUCCCUGACAAACAGCGCUGGGUGGCUGUGCUGGAGUCUGUCGUGGGUGGCAGCCGAGGAUCAAAAGACAAAGUGGAUGCUGAUGCCGCAGGUGGUUCUAAAAGACAGAAGAACCUAUCCCCUCUGGUUCAGAAACUUCUCGGCAAUUCUCUGCUGAAACUUGAAGGUGACGAUCGUUUGGACAUCAACUGCACUCUGCCGCUCACUGACCAGAUCGUUUUGGUUGGCUCUGAGGAGGGUUUGUAUGCUUUGAACGUCAUAAAGAACUCUUUGACCCACAUCCCUGGCCUGACAUCAGUCUUCCAGAUCCAGAUCCUGAAGGAACUUGAUAAGCUGCUGAUGAUCACUGGCGAGGAGAGGGCUCUGUGUCUGGUGGAGAUCAAGAAGGUAAAGCAGUCGCUGUCACAGUCCCAUCUCCCAGCACAGCCUGACCUCAACCCCUUCAUCUUUGAGACAGUCAAGGGAUGCCACCUCUUCUCCUCUGGAAAGGCGAGUCAACCUAUCGACAAUGGGAUCUGUAUCUGUGCCGCUAUGCCAAACAAAAUUACAAUUCUGCGACACAAUGAAAGCCUCAACAAGUUCUGCAUCAGAAAGGAGAUUGAGACAUCUGAGCCUUGCAGCUGUAUUCACUUCACUGGCUACAGCAUCAUUAUCGGCACCAACAAGUUCUAUGAAAUCGAGAUGAAGCAAUAUGUGCUGGAAGAGUUCCUGGAUAAAAACGACGUAACACUUGCUUCGGCUGUCUUCGCUGCAUCCUCCCACAGUUUUCCUAUUUCCAUCAUUCAGGUCACCACAGCCCCACAGAAAGAUGAAUACCUGCUCUGUUUCCAUGAGUUUGGUGUGUUUGUGGAUUCAUAUGGCCGCAGGAGUAGAACAGAUGAUAUCAAAUGGAGCCGUCUGCCCCUCUCAUUUGCCUAUAGGGAACCCUACCUGUUUGUGACCUACUUCAACUCUCUGGAUGUUAUUGAGAUUCAGGGACAUGCUGCACUUGGUCCGCACUCAUACGCACACUUGGACAUCCCAAACCCACGCUACCUUGGCCCUGCCAUCUCCUCAGGAGCCAUCUACCUGGCGUCAUCUUACCAAAACAAACUACGGGUCAUCUGCUGCAAAGGAAACCUGGUCCAGAAUCAAGAAGGUGGAGGAGAUCUUCAGCGUAACAGCUCUGGACGCAGCCCCAACAAGCGUGGGCCUCCCUCCUACAAUGAGCACAUCUCUAAAAGGCUGGCUGCCAAUCCUCUAGUCCACGGAGAUCCAGGCACACCUCACCGCUACCGAGAGGCUCGCACAGAGUUUCGGCGGGACAAGUCUCCCAGUCGUCCUCUGGAGAGAGAGAAGUCUCCCGGCAGAAUGCUGGAGAGCCGGAUAGUAGGCUCCCCCGGCAGGGCCAUGGGCGACCCCAGGUUAGAGCGUUCCCCGGGCAGGGCCAUGGCAGACCCUCGCAUGGACCGCUCCCCAGGCCGCAUGAUGGACGUCCGGAGGGAGAGGUCUCCUGGACGAUAUGAGGAGCGUCAAAGGCUUCACACUGGCUCUGGCCGCACGCCCAUAAACCCUGUUAACAAGGUGUGGGACCAAUCAUCCGUUUGAGAAGCAGCUGAGCCUCAUAUACAGAUCAUCUUUGUGAAGACAAAGGAUGGAGCAGAGAAACAGUGAGAUGUCACCAACUCAUGAUGAAACACUGCCACACAUCUGUUUUGCCUGAAGUGAAAGACCCAAACUGGAAACAACCUUGCUAUCAGAACAUAGUGAGAACAUGAGAAAAUAAAGAGAUGUCUUUAGAAUCAGGUUUUUUUUUUCAGUAAAGAACAGAAUGCUAAAAUUACCUGGGAAGGUUUUUAUUAUGUUUUUCAGCAUGUGUUCUCUACUCUGAGUAGGGAUUGCUAAUUAGAGAUAGUUUCUCCUUCUAAGAAAAUCUGGGAC